AUGAAUGAAAGAGACCAGACCAACAACAACUGUGCACAAGAGGAGUCAGUGGCCACCUACAAAGGCAACGAGUUUUUCAGCUAUGACCUGUCUCAGACGCCCAUCCAGAGCAGCCUGGACGAGAUUAGUCUGUCCUUCCGCACGCUGCAGAGGAACGGGCUCCUGCUCCACACCGGGAAAUCAGCUGACUACGUUAACCUAUCCCUGAGGAGUGGCGCUGUGUGGCUGGUCAUCAACCUCGGGUCCGGGGCCUUUGAGGCCCUGGUGGAGCCUGCCAACGGCAAGUUCAACGACAACGCCUGGCACGAAGUCCGUGUCACGCGCAACCUGCGCCAGGUGACCGUCUCUGUGGAUGGGAUCCUGACCACCACCGGCUACACCCAGGAGGACUACACCAUGCUGGGCUCGGAUGACUUCUUCUACAUUGGGGGGAGUCCCAACACGGCUGACCUCCCAGGCUCCCCGGUCAGCAAUAACUUCAUGGGCUGUCUCAAAGACGUGGUCUACAAGAACAACGAGUUCAGGCUGGAGCUGUCUCGUCUGGCUGCAGAGCGGGACCCUCAGGUCAGUGUUCACGGCGACCUGACAUUCCGCUGUGAGGACGUGGCUGCCCUGGAGCCGGUCACCUUCGACACGCCCGCCUCCUACCUCACCCUGCCCAGGUGGAAAACCAAGAAGACUGCCUCUAUCUCUUUUGACUUCCGCACUACGGAGCCCAGCGGCCUGCUGCUGUUCAGCCACGGUGACAGGCGUCUGCAGGGCCCAGACAGACAGCCGGAGAGGCAGCCCAGGGCUGACUACUUUGCUAUGGAGCUCCUGGACGGCUUCCUCUACCUGCUGAUGGACAUGGGCUCUGGCAGCAUCAAGAUGAAAGCCAGCAACAAGAGGGUCAACGAUGGGGAGUGGUGCCACGUGGACUUCCAGAGGGAGGGGCGCAAGGGCCUGAUCUCAGUGAACAGCCGCAGCAUACCAUUCUCUGCUAACGAAGGCAGUGAGAUCUUAGACCUGGAGGGUGACAUGUACCUCGGGGGUCUGCCCGAGGCACGCCAGGGCCUCAUCCUCCCCCCGGAAGUCUGGACGGCCCCCCUCAACCUGGGCUACGUGGGCUGCAUGCGUGACCUGUUCAUGGAUGGGCGGAGCCGGGACCUGAGGAGACUGGCAGAGAUCCAGAGUGCCUCUGGAGUCAGCAGCUUCUGCACCAGAGAAACGCACAUCAGGUGUGGCAGAGACGUCUGUGCCAACGGUGGGCAGUGCCGCGAGGGCUGGAACCGCCACGUGUGUGACUGCACUAGCACGGGCUACCUGGGCCCCAACUGUGAGAGCGAGGCCACGGUGCUGAGCUACGACGGCAGCAUGUACCUGAAGGUGACGCUGCCGUUGAGCAUGCACAUGGAGGCCGAGGACGUGGCGCUGCGCUUUAUGUCCCAGAGGGCCUUUGGGCUGCUUGUGGCCACUACCUCCCAGGACUCAGCUGACACCCUGCGACUGGAGCUGGACGGGGGCCGGGUCAAACUCACCGUCAACCUGGGUAAAGGCCCCGAGAUGCUGUUAGCAGGACAGAAGCUGAACGACAACGAGUGGCACUCGGUGAAGGUGGUGCGUCGCGGGAAGAACCUGCACCUCUCUGUGGACAACGUGACGGUGGAAGGCCAUAUGACCGGUGCCCACACUCGCCUGGAGUUCCACAACAUUGAGACGGGCAUCAUGACCGAGCGCCGUUUUAUCUCUGUGGUGCCGUCUAACUUCAUAGGGCACCUGCAGGCCCUCUCGUUCAAUGGCGUCCCCUACCUGGACCAGUGUAAGAACGGAGACAUCUCCUACUGCGAGCUCAACGCCCGCUUCGGCAUGCGCCGCAUCGUGGCUGACCCUGUGACCUUCCACAGUCGGGCUAGCUGCCUGGCCUUCUCCACCCUGCAGGCCUACGCCUCCAUGCACCUCUUCUUCCAGUUCAAGACCACCAGCCUCGACGGCCUGCUGCUCUUCAACUCUGGAGACGGCAGUGACUUCAUCGUUGUGGAGCUGGUCAAAGGGUACAUUCAUUAUGUGUUUGACCUGGGCAACGGGCCGUCUCUCAUGAAGGGCAACUCUGAGAAGCCUCUCAACGACAACCAGUGGCACGAUGUGGUGGUCUCCCGGGACAACAACAAUGUGCACAUCCUCAAAAUCGACUCCCGCACUGUCACCCAGCACUCCAACGGAGCCCGCAAUCUGGAUCUCAAAGGGGAGCUGUAUGUUGGUGGUGUAGGGAAGAGCAUGUACAGCAGCCUGCCCAAGCUGGUUGCGUCCCGGGACGGGUACCAGGGCUGCCUGGCCUCUGUGGAUCUGAAUGGGAGACUCCCUGACAUGAUGGCAGAUGCCCUCCACAGGGUGGGCCAGGUGGAGCGCGGCUGUGGAGGCCUGAGCACAACCUGCACAGAGGACUCGUGCCAUAACCAGGGGGUGUGUCUCCAGCAGUGGGAGGGCUUCUCCUGUGACUGCACCAUGACCACCUACAGAGGAGCAUUCUGCAGUGACCGGACUGAGACAUUUCUCACCAUUGAACUGCCCAAUACAACGUACGGGGAAGGGAACCCCGCCCACGAGAAGCAGGAUAGCGUACGCCCGUUACUCCCGGCGAUAGGCCCAGACCUCUCACAGCAGGCAAUGCCCCCGUCAGAGCCAGAGAGAGGAAAAGGAGCCGAAAUCAUCCACGAGGCCGCUGCAGACCAAGGCCCUCCCAGCGAUGAAGGCGCAGAUGGAGAAAGAGAAGAAGAUGGAGACGACUUCCUUGGCAGCAAGUUCCAGGUAGCACAGGCCAUUCGGAGAAGGACUGAUGACAAGGCGGGGAAACAUCCAUCAGGGCCGAUCGGCAUCCAGGCACAGGGCUUGAGUAUUUGUAUUUAUUGA